GUGCACCCUGAUUGCAUUCUUCGACGCAAAAAGCCGCAAAUUUUUGUUUGAAUUGUUUUUGAUUUGCAAAUAAACAAAUUAAAAUCGAUUUAAAACGUGCAAAAUACAUUGAUUGUUUUCCAUUUAAACUAUGACUGGUGACAGUGAGAUGCGAAACAACAGUACAAGUGAAUUAAAUGGUAUCAUUGAUGUGGAACAUUAUCGUAAAUUGGUGAAACAAUUUCUUGAUAUGAGACGAUAUCAGACGGCACUCUUUUGGGCCGAAAAAGUUUGUUGUCUCAGUCAAAAUGAUCCCAAGGACGUAUAUUGUCAGGCACAGUGUAUGUUUUUGUUAAAGGAAUAUCAUCGUGCUGCUCAUACCAUACGUUUGCACAAGUUGGAAAAGACUCACAUACCUUGUUAUAAUUUACUGCUGGAGGCUUUGUAUGAAGCUAAGGAAUUUAAUGAGGCUAUUGUUGUUAUUAAUACGGUGGAUAUAGAGUAUUUGGCUUCAUCUUUAAUAAAUCAACCCUUAGAUGGUGGUGGCAUGGAACAGCCCAGUAUGUUAUUUGGUGAAGAGAGUGUAAAAAAUGAAAUUUUAGCUUCAAUUAGCUUUUUAAAAGGUAAAAUAUAUGAAGCUAUGGAUAAUCGUGGCUUAGCUAUGGACUAUUACGUGCAGGCUUUACACAAAUCGGUAUAUUGCUUUGAGGCACUGGAUGCUUUGGUACAACAUGAGAUGUUAAUGGGCUGGGAAGAAAAAGAAUUAAUGCAACACUUACCUCUGGAACAACAGUCAUCAGAAUCUGAUGCCAAGUUGAUAACCAAAUUAUAUGAAACACAAUUGAAGAAAUAUUAUGAAUCUAUAGGACCACACACCAAUGCCGAAGAAACACCGAUAGGCAAUGUUGGUACUUUCAAAUCUAUUAAAGAAUUAACAGAAAAAAUACAAAGUACUCGUGCCUCGGAUGCUAGUAUACAUAAAAAAGUUUUACCCAAAAUGAUGACACCCAAACAAAGUCAAAUAAUGUCGCCAGCUAAUAAAGUAUUAGAGGAUUUAAAAAUACCACCUUUCUCCUUACAAGUCAGUUUAACACGUGCCUCCUCCUUAAUAAAUGACUCACAACGUUCUCAUAUGGAAACACCGGGUAAAAGUCGUUGCAAAGAUAACGUUGAUACUUCAAAUGCUUUAGCUUUGUCGUCUUGUAUGUCGCGCAUACAAAAGAGUACUGAUGUAAUGGCUGCCGAAGCGGAAAAACUAUUCUAUGAUUGUGAAUAUAAAAAGAGUUUUAAAAUUUUAAAUGAGUUGCUUAAAAUUGAUCCCUAUCAUAAUGCCGCCUUAACACUACAAAUUGGCUGUUUGGUGGAAUUUGGUGAUUCCAAUAAACUUUUCUAUGUGGCUCAUAAACUAGUGGAUCGUUAUCCCGAUAAGGCAAUUUCUUGGUAUGCUGUAGGCUGUUAUUAUGAUCUUAUAGGUAAAAGUGAUCCGGCAAGACGUUAUUUAUCGAAAGCCACAUCUUUGGAUCGUUUAUAUGGACCGGCCUGGUUAGCUUAUGGUCAUUCCUUUGCCAAAGAAAAUGAACAUGAUCAGGCCAUGGCUGCUUAUUUCAAAGCCACUCAACUAAUGCGCGGUUGUCAUUUACCUCUGCUUUAUAUAGGUGUUGAAUGUGGUUUAACUAAAAAUUUAGAAUUAGCAGAGAAAUUCUUUUAUCAAGCCAUGUCUAUAGCUCCUUUAGAUGUAUUUGUAUUACAUGAGUUGGGUGUUAUAAAAUAUGAAUACGAGUACUAUGAAAGUGCCGAAGAAGUAUUUCGCACCACAGCUGAUAUUGUGAAAAGUAGAGCUCAACAAAAUAAAGAAGAAGUUUCCUCCAGAUGGGAACCUUUAUUUAAUAAUUUAGGACACUGUUGUCGUAAAAAUAAGAAAUACAAUGAAGCCUUGGAAUUCCAUCAAUAUGCCCUGCUUUUAAAACCUCAAUCACCUCAAACAUAUACCGCUAUUGGUUUCAUCUAUGCCCUAAUGGAUAAUCUCGAAGAGGCCAUUACAUAUUUCCACAAAAGUUUAGCCUUAAAUCGCGAUUGUAUUGUAACCUCAACCAUAUUAAAAACUUGCAUAGAAGAUUUUAUGGAUGAGGAGUCGGUAAUGGAUGAAAUAUAUGGCAAAUCUUCAUGGAACAGUAGCAGCAGUAGUUCCUCAUAUCCUACAACUAAAAAUGCCAAUCUUUUCCCACCUAUUGAAGAGGAAGAAUCAGCAACUAUGAAAUUUACUGGUAUGAAACUAAAAUUUGAUGAUGAAGAUAUUUCAGCAAAUUCAGAUGAUAUUGAUCCGAAUCUUAUUAUGGCCAUGAAUAUGGACAUUUAAACAAGUAUUGGCUGAUGUUAGAGUGUAAAGGGUAAAGGUACGAAUUUUUAUUUGUUUUAUUUUAUAUGUCUGUAUUUAUUGUAUUUAAUAAAAUAUUAAGAAUUCCUUAA